AGGGUUGUGGAGAAACCUGCCUGUCCGCUCAGAGCAGAGAGAGGAGGAGCUUGUGGGGUGUGGGACUCCAGACAAAGGAGACAUAUACACACUGACACUGGAUCACAGGAGCGAAAGAAGAGGCAGACAGUUGGAGAGCUUCACUUUUUAUCUACACAGGAGACAAUCCUCAACUCCUGGACUACUUUAUCUGUGUGUGUGAAUCGUGGAAAACUUUGUCUUCCCAUGUUUUUCAGCUGUAUGGACUCAUCUAUGAGCUGAGGGAUGUUUGUGUCAAAGCAGUGGUUACCAUAUGCUGCUUGUAGUGUGCAAAAGAGUGUGGGUUAGUAUGUUUGGGAUGGAAAAGUGGGGCUGGCGCGGCCUACAGCUCUACCUUUAGCUGUAUGCCAUGGGGGGUUGCCAUAGUUACCCCUCAGCUAAGAAGGCAGACAGCAAGACUCUUCAGCUGUCUGACAUCAGCGAUGAAAAACUGUAAGUUGUAUUUCUGUUUUCUUGACUUUAUCAGCCUUCCACUCAUGUUUUAUGUCUGAGCUUUUAUUCUGAAAGGGCCUGCUCAAAUGUAAAGAUGUAGUUAUUGGAGAGCUGGCUUCUCAUGGUAAACUGAGGAAUGUUCUCCAGAUAAGAGAGAGAGUGUGGGUCACAUAUUUGUCUGAUGGCAUCAGUGAAGGUGGAUUCCUCCAACAGCGGGAACACAUGUAAGCUCCAAACCAAGACCAGGAAAGACUUUGUGUCCGAGUAAAUAUUUUCUCUAGGAUGAAUCUUUUAAAAGGCAGCUGGCUGUGCAACAAGAGGGCUGUUUAUUUCCCCCACACGACUCAGCAGAGGUGAAGGUAAACAGACGCCAGGGAGUAGGGGAGCAGGGUCAUUCACAGAGGAGUGUGUUUACACACAAACACAACAUUACAAGUAGCUCCGGGUUCAUUGUGUUUGUGUGCUGACGGGGACUGGUAGCCAAGAGGCGGUAAUUGAGUUAAUGCCAUGGAGCCGGAGCAGAGCAGGAUGUUAACAAAAGAGGUUCCUGUGGACACAAGGGAAGUCUGUCAUGGUUUGGAUUUACACCCACUGUACCUUUGUAAAGCUAAUGUUUACAUUCACCUCUAUCAAUAUCCCUACCUUUCUACCUCUCCUGACUUUAACUUUGACAAAGACUAGCCGUCUAGACCAUGAAACUAUACUAUAUCCACACACAGCAGAGUACAGUGAAACCCCCAUAGAGAGCUCUGUGUUUCCCUUAUCUCAGUAUGCAAGGUCACACUGAAUAAACGCUCAGCUGCUGGGAGUGCGCACGGCAAAAAUUUGAGCCCAGCAGCUGCCUGACUCUACUACUUUGAAAUGUCCACUUAUGCAAAGCGCCACCUUAAAGUGUAGCUAUCAGAGUCACAGAGUAGGCCAUUCAUCAUCACAACACCCAGCCUACGUCAAAGAAGCCUCCUUGUUUGCAUAAAGUCAAAUCAUGCUGCCAAGCUUGACUUACCGCACAUGUUGGCACUCACAAACAUCAUUCCUGCUCACACUCUAUCGUUAUUACAAGUUCCUAGGCCGCCAGUGUAAUGUUGAUGAUAAUAGAGCUCUACCUGUAGCUUAUGUGGAGGUAUCGGCAGGCCCCGGCUCUUCAACAUUAUCUUGCCCAACAUAAGUCUUUGCACUUAUUUGUUGGGUUUGCACUGAGUGCUGCAGCAGUGAGCUUCAUUAGAAGUAAUUACCCCGGCUCUGGAUUGACUGCCUCCAUUACAUUAACUGCCUGUUUAUUGGAUAUUCAGGUCUGCAGUUACAGCAGUGUUUGCAUGUGUUUGCAUGUGUGUGUGUGUGUGCCAGCCACAGAGAGAGCAGAACAGAUGACAGGGCCAGAGAGUGCAAAAUGUGUUAUCUGUAGGUUGCAGCUGGAGUAACUAAUCCACUGACCUAUUGAUAAUUUCUACAAUUUCUGUCUCUGCCUCAUUAACUUUGUUCUGUUCUCUCAAGGGGAAUUAAUAACAACAUUCUCGAGGAGCGUCCCUAUCUACAGCAGCAGAAUGUGAGCCAGCAGAUUUCAUAUACUGACAUGGUGGCCCUCACGGUGCUGCCCCCUGGUGUCGACCAGGCAGAGUGGCUCGCCAGUAAUAGUGAGUAGAGCCCUUUAAACACAAUACGUCUGCAGCAUCUGGACGCUGCCUUCUCACUCUCUUUACCUCUGUUCCUUCUUCUGCAACAAACACAAAUACACACAAACUAAUUAUCUUUUCAUUGACUUCUUCAGCUGUGGCAUUUUUCAAGCAUAUAAACCUGUUCUCAAGUGCACUGUCUGAGUUCUGCACUCCCAGCACCUGCCCGACAGCCUGUGGACCGGGUGACACGUAAGUGACCGGGCAUCCAACAGCUACCAAGGCUCAUCCCUUUAAGAGUAAAAGAAAACAAGAAAGAAUCAUUUAUAAGUCAAUACCACUUUACUUUAACUGCAGGGAUUCUGAGAUGAUCACAAAUUGCUGUUCUGGGGUCUGUUUUUGAUGCGUUGGGUAGCACUGUAUAGCUGUGACAUGGAUCUUUGGUAUAUAGUGCAGAUCCUUUCUUACAUGAAAACAUUUUGUGUGUUAGGGGGAAAAAAACAUAUAUAGGUCCCUUUUGUGAAGGGCUAUUGGAUAAAUUGCCACAGGUGUUGAAACUUGAGUUAACAUUAGUAGGAUCUCAUAAAAGGAGAAAAAACUGAGGUGUGUUAGGUAGUAUCUGUAGCUUGCUCAUCAUCUUCACCUGAGGUUAUCAGCUUGAAUACAAGCCUACUAUGGAAUUACAUCUGUUUCUUUGACUUGAAAUGCAUUGUGGGUACUAUCUGGACUUCAAAACUGGGGAAGAAUGCAUGGUUUAAAACAGCGGUUUUCUUGAAUUGUGCUGCACAGAUUUAAAAACUGCUUAAAUAUAUUAAUUCCUGAAUAUAAAAACACUUUAUAUCUUAAACACAGUUAUAACCUGCAUCUGUCCUAGAUUGAGGUCUUGGAAUUUAAAUCAGUGUAUUUGUGUUUUUUUGGUGUUCUCAGUGUUUAUGUUUGGACGGAUGACCACGGCAGGAAGCUGAAGUGCUCUGCUCCGCUUUACUUUGACUAUGCUAUGUCGUAUAUUCAGGAGCUAUUGACUGAUGAGGAGGUGUUCCCCACAAAAGCAGGUAAGAAACAACUAUUUAUGCUGAAUAGUUGUCCGUCAACAUGCCCCAAUUUUAAGCCCGUCUCAUUCAUCAACUUUUUUCCAGGUUCAGUGUUUCCUACGGGGUUUGUCUUCCUGGUCCAGAAGGUGUUUUUGCUAUUUUUCAGGACUCUUGCACACAUUUACUGUUCUCACUACAGAGAGACACUUGCAUUGGGCCUGCACCCACACCUCAACACACUCUUCGCACACCUCACCCUCUUCUGUCAGCAGCACAGCCUGUUGGACCCAGAGGACACUGAGCCGAUGCAGGACCUCAUCACGGCUCUGGGACAGCAAGCCUGAUCCUAUAAAGCAGACACACACGAUAUACACUCACAUUUUCACACAUCCACUCUUUUGUUAUAUAUGUGUAUGUCUUGUAUCUUAUGGACAGUUUUGAAGAAUGAAGAAGUUUUGCUUUCAAAAACUUUCAAUCAAACCUGACCAGAUUUGUACAGUCUGGUCCUGCUGUAUCAGUUAUUAUGAUACUGUGUGAAUUAUUAUACUGCAUGUUUGUGUAUUCUUACGUACCUGGCAUUAUUAUCUGAAAAGGUCAAGGUCUUCAGGAUCAUUUAUGGAGAGAGACUUUUCCUGCAAGACAUCAACUGACACAGAGUUCACAGUUAUUAUGAACAAAAAAAGUGCCAUUGUUUCAUUUUGAUCAUUUGCAAAAAACAAACACAGAAAGGUGGUGUGAUGAUGCAAGUGUGAUUUUAUUUCCACGACUGCAUAUGCAUGAAAGAGCUUACCUCUGCAUCUGUAUGUACAACCUGUACCCUACAAUAAACAGUUAUGAAGGUAGCUUCAAAAAUACAUCUCACUCUGUUUAGUAUUGUAAUUUAGUAAGCGAUGGAAGCCUCCUUUUGGGUAUUUGAUUUUAGGGAAACAGCACCACCUCCUGGCACUCUGUAUGUGCCACAUUUUAACCUUCACUGUCAGCUGCAGUGCACCGCAGAGUGUAAAUGUCUGAUUGGUUGGCUGCAGCACAUUGGAUCUGAAAUAAAACAACCAAAAUGACAGUAAAGUGCUGAGUUUCAGCUUUCCCGCAAAGGUGUAGUAAAAAAAAAUAACAGCACUGUUUAUCAAAGGUCCUUCAUUAUUUCUCUGCACCACUAACAUCCUCCUGUAUCCUUUGAGCUGGAAAGUCAGCACUUACUGUAAACCUGUGUCAUCGCUUCAUUUUCAAUUCAGUGCCUUGGAGCGAAGCCAAAAGCUGUUACAGUAUGAUUGGACUGAACUGUAGAUCUUCACAGAAAUAAAUGUUGGGCCUGCUUAUCCCCACAGUCAGCAGAUGCAGUUGUAUCGAGAAUAAAUGUCUUUAAAACGGCCUUAAA